GAUGCCGCACUUUUGUUAGCAGUAUCAGUCUCAAGUGGCCGAAAGAAGUGGUUUCAUCGUUCAGCACAUUCUCAAUAUUUUGGCUCAUCAUUCGUUAGCAUACAGGAAGAAAAGGAAAAGAUUGUGUCUCUCUGAUGGUGUCGUGAGGAAGUGCUCUUUUCACCCCAGCUUGACCCCAUGUAAAUAUUUGGCAAGGGAGCGAAUACCGCUGAAAAGGAAAUGUUUAACUGUACACGCCAACAUUUGCCAGUGAUUCCUGUGUGAUGUCAUACUCAUUACGAUAUUGCGUCAGUUUCGUCGAAAAAGCCCCACCAGCAACAUUCCUCACAGUGGACAUAUUUUUGGAUCAACAUCGACUUGUGCCACGAAUUGAGGGUUCGUGGAACUUUGGGGAAAUUGUGUAGAUAUACUUGUGUGAUAGUGUUUGUGAAACUUCCGCAGCGAGGAAUUUUGCUUUUCCGCGCCAAAAAGGAAGCCAGAGAUGUGAAUCCAUCCCGCCCACGGAUUCAAAAGUCGAAUGAUUAAGGAGUUGGGGGCUUUAAACUGGUGUGAGAAAUGUGUCGGUGGACGUGGACUAAAAGUGUGAAUACCACCUUGAAGGUGAUGAAGACAUAAAUGUGCAAUUUUCAAUCACAAGACAAGAUCACUAGUGUGUUCCCACAACGAGCACCCACCUGCUCUUGGUGAACGGUAAUCCGCCCGUCGAAGUGUGACGUGUGCAAGAGAAAAGUUUAGGGGAAUGGGGGCUUAAUUUGGGCACCCUCAGAUUCCCAUCCUGUAAAUUCACCUGCAUGGAUUCCACAUCGACUCCCGCACUCUUAGAUGAUAUACUGACCACAACUGCACCAUUGCUGGCCACAAAUUCAACCUCAGCCUCUACAAUUGCCAGUCUCGAAGCACCCCUGCUGCCCGGAAGCACCAACGCCGCCCUCCUUGACGCAGUCACCACCAUCUCGCCCAACGGCACUUCCCUCUCGGAGAACAACGCUUCACCAAUCGCAUCCAUCUUCGUCAGCGUCGUGCUGCUGAUCGUUAUUCUGGGCACCAUUAUCGGCAACAUCCUGGUAUGCAUAGCGGUGGUGAAGGUACGAAAGUUGCGCCGUCCAUGCAACUAUCUGCUUGUAUCUCUGGCCGUAUCGGAUCUGUGCGUGGCCCUACUGGUCAUGCCAACGGCCCUCAUAUACGAGGUGGUGGAAGACUGGCCCUUCGGCACCUUCUUUUGCGACAUGUGGGUGUCCUUCGACGUACUCUCGUGCGCCGCCUCCAUACUCAAUCUAUGCGCCAUCUCCGUGGACCGGUACUGGGCCAUCACGAAACCCCUGGAGUACGGAGUGAAGCGGACCCCACGUCGUAUGCUCUUGUGUGUAGCUCUGGUGUGGCUGGGGGCAGCCUGCAUCUCGUUGCCACCGCUGCUGAUCCUCGGGAACGAGCACGAAACGGAAACGGGAGAGCCCCAGUGUGCUGUUUGUCAGAACUUUGGCUACCAGAUAUACGCAACUCUUGGCUCCUUCUACAUCCCGCUCUCGGUGAUGUUGUUUGUGUACUAUCGAAUCUUCCGGGCGGCACGGCGAAUAGUGCUGGACGAGAAGCGUGCUCAGACACACCUCGAGAAGGCCCUCAAUGGGGGCACUCAGGAGAAACCGAAAGAGGCAGUAGGGGCGACUGCACUUAUCGGAUCACCACAUCAGAAAAAACUGCGCUUCCAGUUGGCCAAGGAGCGCAAAGCGUCCACAACAUUGGGCAUCAUAAUGUCUGCCUUCACCGUCUGUUGGCUGCCAUUUUUCAUUCUCGCCCUCGUAAGACCCUUCCUGGACGACAAUCACCCCGUGCCCAAGACUCUCUCGUCGCUCUUCCUCUGGCUCGGCUAUGCAAAUUCACUGUUCAAUCCCAUCAUCUAUGCCACCCUCAAUCGCGACUUCCGGAAACCCUUCCAGGAGAUCCUGUACUUCCGCUGUUCCAGCCUCAAUGUUAUGAUGCGAGAGGAAUAUUACCACAGCCAAUAUGGCGAACCAGCCUCCCAACGCGUAGUGCUGGGUGGCGAGGGUCAGAAUGCGCGCGAGAGCUUUCUCUGAAAUCAGGAGCCAUGGUCCUGCCUCCUGCAGCAGGAUCACACCUUCUAGGCCGGCCGUGCUAUGUUUGUGUGUGAAACUAUAGUAAAAAAAUGUGACCCACAGCACCAUUUGCAGGCCCCACAUUACUCUCGAACUCCAGUGAAUCCCAAGUCAAGGAAUAGCACAGCGCGUAUAACAGUUCCAUACGAAGGAAAAUUAUAAAUCUAGGAUCAUGUAUAUGGGUUGACAUUUGCCACUAGUCACAAAUGGGAGAGGUGAAUAUUGUUGUCAAGAAGACGUUGCAACAAAGGAAUUAUUACAUCAAACAUUUAUAAUCCGAUUUAACGGAAGGAACGUAUAACAAGUUUAGUUUGUUCUUCAAAAAUUCCUCGGCGCUAGUAUCGUUUUGUCAACGGAACAAGAAAUGCAUGGCGUAAUGUCACUUUUUGAUAACAAUAUUUGCCUUUUUUAUUUUCGAUUAUAUGCUACUGUUAUAAUGUAUGUGAUACCUAGUUAACGCGCACAUUCAUUGUAGUUUGAAAGUUCCAUCUUAAAAACAACAAUGAACCUUCUGAAAAGCAAUGCGUCGUUAAAAACUAAAUUUCAAAAAUUUUUCUUCCAAUACUUUUUUCGAAUUUGAAUAUAAAAGAAAAAACUGUUAUACUUCGCACUGCUUGUCCACGUGCUAUUUUGAGUGCUGGGAAAGCCUCAAAGUUAGAGCAGGUGACGGCAAACCCUUAUUUGUAUAGUUUUGUUAUACCAACUUUAUUUCAAAGACUUGUGAUUUUCGUAAAGAUUUUUUACAAAAAACAAAAAAAAAAACUACACAAAAAUGUUCUAAGUAAGGAUAUAUUUUUACGCAAGAUCGUGCAAAUGAGACCAAAUAUGUUUCUAUGAAAAAAAAAAACACAACACACUGAAUUUAUUUGAAUGUAGUGAAGAAUAGUUACAAUUAUGUGGAUUUGAUGUUGUGCAUAAUGAAGUGUGAUGAGAUUCUGGGUAACAUUAUAGGUCCCAAUGGUGAGAACCCUACUUUAAAUUGAUAGAAAAAAGUGGUAAUGUAUUGUAUAAUUACAAAAUUCAUAAGUGUACAUAUAAACAGUGAAAGAAAAUCAAUUUAAUAUUAUAAUGUCCUCUAGUGAAUAAAAAAGAAACACCAUUAUAUUCCUCUCUUGGUAGCAAUUCAAUGGACACAUCAUUUCAUAAGUAAUAGAGGAAUUUACAGUGCGAUGUGCAGAGAAAAUAUAGAAUCAUCACAAAAACACAUACAUAUAUAUUUUUUGUUAUACUGAGGGAUGAAGAAUCAUUAACUAAUUAUAAAUGCUGUUUUGGUCAUUUUACAAUUAUUUCUCUAUUUCAAUUAAUAAUUUGCUGACCAAAAUUCAUUUGUCACAUUUAAUAUUCAUGAGAGAAAUAUAUUUAUUCUGCAACUCAUGAAAAUUAUAUCUCUUACUUUUAUAUCAUUUCAAUCUUCCCAUACUCUAUUUAAUUUAAUGCAUGUAAUCUUGCGACAGUUCAAUUUUAAUUGAAACAUGCAAAAUUUAUUGUAAAUACCUGAUUAAUUAUUUAUCAAGUUUGAAUAUUCAAAAUGGCCUAUAGUUAGUAUGAACGUUAAAGCAAUUACUUCAACCACAGAUUAUUUUAAUACACAGUAUCGUGCAAAAGUGCUAAUGAUGGUAUGGAUUUUCUAACAUUUUAAUCAAAAUUUGUUUAUUAUUUCAUAUUUUGAAACAUCCAUUCAGUAGAGUUUAAUUAUUUUGGUAUUCAAUUGUGCUUUUACGGGUAAUAGACAAAAGCUAUUGUUUCGCUAAUAAUAUAUUUUGACAAUUUACCAGGCAUUAUGGCACACUUACUAAUGCUCUUGUUUCAUAGACAUGUUUUCGAAAUUAUGUAUAUGAAUUUUAGAUUUUACCGAACUUCGUUUCGUUCAUUCGCCUUUAAAACUUAAAAAUAUGUUUGAAAGACAAGAAAAAAUUGUGUUGCUCAAUAUCUUAAGCGAAAUAAAAUUUGUUUAUACACUCUUUAUUUUUAUAGUAUUUUGUUUGUCAUCUUUAUUCUCGCACCCCUUUCUAUAUAAUUGAUACGGAGAUAGGGAAUCGUAUAUACGCAGCCCUUGACUUUCUUUUAUUAAAACAAUACGCUCUAUUUCCAAUAUCAAGAUGAUUGAGAGUAAAAAUGACAGAUGAAAAUCUAGUCUUUUUUUUAUUUCUCAAGUGCUUGACAGCUGUCAUCCGGAUAUCAGAAAACUAAGUGUACACCGUAGGUUUGGGUGACUUUGCCACCAUGCUCUUCGUAAUCCUUUCUUAAUUCUAGCACUUAAGGAUGGUCUUUACCAGUCGGACACGGUAGAUAGAAUCAGUAAAUACCGUAAAGAUCAUCCUUAAGUACUAGAAUCAUCAAGAAGAAACAUCAAGGUGCCAAAUUACCUGUAUGUACGGUACAAUAUUUAAGAUACAAACCUCAAUUCUAGCUUUUAUAGCUUAGACUUAUGGCCUCUACUCUUAGAAAAACUUCUGACCGGAUUGAAGCAAAUUCCCUAUCUACGUUGUGUAGGAAAAACGGUCAAUUGGAUAACAAUUUUUCUUAUCUAGUGUGUAGAGGCCAUUUGAAUCACCUUAAUCAAACAAGUUACUUAGAAGAUUGUACUAAACAUACUAAGUUAUGUGGAGUAGGUGGAAUAAGUACUUUUCGCGAUAACUUUGUAAAUAUUUAAAUGUUUUUGAGAUUAAAAUGUAUUUUUCUCAAUUUUGGUGUACAGAUACGAAACAGUAUUUUUCUUUAUACGUAACAGGCCAUACAAUAAGUCCAUAUGAUGAGAAAGAAAUAAGUAUUUUUGAUAAAAUUCAAUUUUAGUUAACAAGAGAAGGCCAAUAAAAGUCGAUAUACCGUCCUCUAUUAUUAUUCAGUUUUUCAUCUCAUUCAAAAAUGAGUUUUUCGAAAAUGGUUCAAAAUAGACCAUCAGAUUUUAGUUCGUCACUUAAGUAAAAUUACUAAUUGUUGAACCAUCUCUUCAGGCACAACUCCCUUAUGUUUUAGUCUUCCAAAUAUUCCGGCUAAAGGACUAUAGAUCAAACUCAAUUUUAAGCAAUUUUGCUUCACUUUUUGUUUUUCGUUUUUGGUUCAAACGUUCAGAGUGAGCGAACUUAUAAAAUAACCAUAAGGAAUUCAAGAAUGUUUAUAUACCCCACUGAAAAACAUGCCUUUUCUCAAUUUUGUACAUUUCAGCAUAACUGACCACUUGUUUUCAAAGUGAAGUUUAAUUAAUUAACCCGUAUUAACACUAAACCUACAGACUGUUUUUCGAUCAAAUGACAAAUCGCGGUAGAGUAGGCAUUUUUAACAAAUUUGUCUUAGAAAAGAAGAAGAAA